AUGUCUUCCUACUAUGGUAGCUCUGGCAGCCGUCGUGGUGACGAGUGGACGUGGACGUCCUGGAGCCAGUCAACAUCAUGGCACCACUCUGGUGGAUGGAAUGGGAGUGGGGGCUCACAGGCCGCCAUGGCACAUUCGUCAAACAAAGACGGAUGGUGGUGGGGAGAUAGCCAAGGCUGGUCGAAUGGCGCCCAAAGCUGGUGCUCUGGGGGUCAGCAGGAUCCUUGUGAGUGCACUGGCGGAAACACAAAAGGCGGAAGGCCCUGA